UGAACUCGGUUCUGUUUCUACAAGGCGUAAUCCACGAGUCCGUCGGCUGUCGGGUCGGUUUCGUCCCGUCUGUUUGUUUCGUGCCCCGGUCUUAUUGUGGUUGCAAUUUCGGCAAAAUGUAUUUCGUUUUCAUAGAUUUAGCCCUCGACGAACACGCUCAGGAGUUGCGCACUUACCUCAAUGGUCUGGGUGCGGAAAUAUCGACAGAGAAAUCUCCCAAGGGUGUUGAGGAUGACCUACAUAAAAUCAUUGGUGUGUGCGACACUUGUUUCAAGGAUGCCACAGAACAGGAGAUUGAAAGUGUUUUAAAUGGAAUUGUAUCUAUGUUAGUAACCGUUCCUCUGGAAAGAGCAGAGAAUUUGGUCCUAGCAUUCUGUGAAAAGCUUAUCAAAGCCUCAGGUCAAAACUUGAAGAUGGUGACACUGCGAGUGAUGUGGCUGCUGUUCCAGUCUUUGGAUGAAGCCAGCCCAAUGAGGUAUCACGUCUACUUCCAUUUGGUGCAAAUUGCCCGAUCUGUAGAUCAAAUGAGGCAUGUUUUCAAAGACGUGACGCACCUCAAGUCUCAAUUUGCUCUCUGCCCGCCAUCUAAUGAGCAAAUGCAGAAGCUUCUUCGGUUACUCCAUGAGGCUCUCCUUGCCAGCAAAAACAGUGAACAGGCAUCCAAGGUGAUGGUUGAACUGCUAGGCACCUACACGACGGAGAACGCUUCACAGGCCAGGGAAGAUGCCCAGCGUUGUAUAUUGGCUGCAUUAGCUGACCCCAAAACUUUCUUGUUGGAUCCUCUUCUUGCUCUGAAGCCUGUACGCUUUUUGGAGGGCGAGCUGAUUCAUGACUUACUGUCAGUAUUUGUAUCUGAGAAGCUUACUAGCUACCAACAGUUCUACCACAGUCAUAGAGAGUUUGUGAAUGGACUUGGACUGAACCAUGAGCAAAACCUCAAGAAAAUGAGGCUGCUCACAUUCAUGCAACUUGCCGAAGACUCUCAGGAAAUGUCAUUCCAGAAAAUUCAAGAGGAAUUGCAGCUUAAAGCAGAAGAAGUAGAACCCUUCAUCAUUGAUGUCCUAAAAACCAAACUUGUUCGUGCAAGGAUGGACCAGGCUGCUCAGAAGGUCCACAUCUCCAGCACAAUGCACAGAACAUUUGGACAACCCCAAUGGCUUCAGUUGAGGGACAUUCUUCUCAAUUGGAAGCAGAACAUGCAGAGUGUACAGGAGGGCAUGUCAUCUAUUGUUAAACCCAAGGUGGAGGCUAAGAAGUAAUUUCAUUUUCCUACUACAUUCUCAUCUGUUGACUACUGUUGUACAAGUGUGGCUUAAGUUUGAUAUCAAUAAUACAUCCUGUAUCUUGCUGAAAGUGAAGUAACAUCACUUUUUUUUUGUUUUUAAAAUCUGAUCCUCAAAAUUCUGACCCUUGAGCAGCCGGUAUUACUCAAAUCAUUUUACAAAUUGUCUCAUCUCCUCUGUGCUGAAAUCUAUUGGUUGGGCAUGAAAUUUUCCACCAUUAAAGAACUUUGUUUUGUA